AUGGCAGAUAUUGAAGCUAUGUUCCACCAAGUGCUCGUGACUCCGGAACACAGAGACGCACUGAGAUUCCUCUGGUGGAACAACGAACAUAUGUCAGGGCCUCCUGCUACGUACCGAAUGAAGGUACAUCUGUUUGGGGGAGUGUGGAGCCCUUCAUGUGCAGCAUUUGCUCUACAACGAACAUUCCAGGAUCACGGAAAAUAUCUUCAUGAGGAGAUCCAGAAGGCGAGCCGCAAUUUCUACGUCGACGAUCUACUACACUCAGUAGAAUCCCCAGGCAAGGCUACAAUUGUUAUUCAUAGGCUCAGAAAGUUGUUAAACAAGGGAGGAUUCAGGCUCACAAAAUGGUCCUGUAAACAAAAGAGGGUUCUUAAGGAAGUGCCACAGUCGAAGCAGGCCAUGGGAGUGAAGGAAAUCCUAUUGGGCGACAAGUUGCCCACGGUACGAGCGCUGGGCAUUCUGUGGGACCUGGAAGAGGACGAAUUAGCGGUGCAAGUCCAAAUACCAAAGAAACCAGAGACUAAGCGGGGUCUCCUAAGCAUGAUCAGCUCUAUAUAUGACCCUUUGGGCUUUCUCGCCCCUAGUGUCAUAAGAGCAAAGAUGAUCUUCCAGGAAGAGUGCAGAUGCAGAACAGGAUGGGAUGAGAAAUUAGCUGACAAAACGAUGACAGCUUGGCGAAGGUGGCUAACUGACCUUCCCUAUCUUACGCGCAUACGCGUUCCAAGAUGUUAUCGACACGAAUCAACCGGUAGUACGACAGACGUACAACUGCACCACUUCAGCGACGCUUCUCAGCAUGCCUAUGGCGUGGUGUCAUACCUGAGGAUGACAAAUGCAGAAGGAGCACAUCAAAUCUCUUUGUGUGUGGUAAGGCCAAGCUGGCCCUCUGAAACAACAGACCAUACCCGUCUUGAAUUGUGUGCUGCAGUAUUGGCCACAAGGGCAGACAAACAAAUACGUAAAGAACUUGACCAAAGAAUCAAUAGAACGACGUUCUGGACAGACAGCACAGCCGUCUUACAGUAUAUUAGAAAUACUGUACGACGCUUUCACGUCUUUGUGGCCAACCGGAUUUCGGCGAUUCAUGAAGAAUCUAACCCAGAACAGUGGAGGCACGUGACCUCGUCAACAACCCGGCAGAUGACGCCAGUCGAGGCCCGAACGGAAUGGAGCUCUCGAGGAGCAGCAGAUGGAUUCGAGGGCCUCUCUUUAGAUGAAGAUCAGUGGCCGAGGAAUGACUUAGAGGUUCCAAAUCUCACUGAUGAGGACCCAGAAGUGAAAAAAGAAACUACAGUACUGGCAACUAACGUAAGUCAAGGACAGGACAUCCUGGAGAAAUUAUGGAACAGAUACUCCUCUUGGUACAGGCUCCUGAAAGGAGUAGCAUGGAUUAGGAGAUUCCUACAAUGGCUGGUUGGGAAGAAAGAUGGGUCGUGUCAUCAGGGUAACAGACUCUUGGCAAGAGAGGUAGAAGAAGCAAGGCUUGCAGUAUUGAAGUGCCUACAAGGGAAACACUUCUCUCAAGAAAUUAAAACAUUAAAAGGGACACAGUGUGUAAAGCAUGGCGAAAUGAGUCGAUUAGAACCUCAUUUGGGCAUGGAUGGCUUGAUCAGAGUAGGCGGCCGCUUGACACGAGCGGCCCUACAGACAGACCAAAGGACCCCGAUACUGCUACCGAGGGAGGACAGACUCACGGAACUUAUUGUGCAAGAAAUACAUGCCACCAAGACCGGACACUCAGGCCGUGAAUACACACUCGCGGCAUUACGCGAAAACUACUGGAUUCCUAAAUGCCGACGGCUACUUGAUCGCGUGUUACGGACCUGUGUAACGUGUCGAAGGACCAAUUGGACACACACGAGACAAAGAGAGGCCGAUCUUCCUGAGGAUCGUCUACUCUCUGGAGACCGGCCGUUUACCUACACAGGUGUAGAUUGCUUUGGCCCUAUCCUGGUUAAACAAGGGCGAGCUCGUGCAAAAAGAUGGGGUUGUUUAUUUACUUGCCUGACCACCAGAGCCAUACAUUUAGAAGUCCUUACUUCUCUAAGUGCAGACUCUUUCAUUUCUGCUCUAACAAGGUUCACGGGACGCAGAGGUACUCCCAAACGCAUUCACUCUGACAAUGGAACAAAUAUGCUUGGAGCCACCCGUGAACUAAAGGAAGCAGUGAGCAGUUGGCAUAAUAAUAACAUAGUCAGAGACGCUAUCCUCCGACGCCAAGUAGAAUGGCGAUUCAAUCCACCAAAGGCUUCGCACAUGGGCGGAGUAUGGGAACGCCAAAUCCGGACAGUAAGGAAGGUCCUUCAGGCAGUAGUAGGCUCCCAAAUACUGGAUGAUGAACGCCUUCAUACACUAUUCUGCGCUGUGGAAGAAAUCGUUAAUGGAAGACCUAUCACUCCUGUGUCCGACGACCCCAACGACCUUACAGCACUAACGCCACUUCACUUACUCCGGAUGGGAGCUGACUCCUCCCUGUUGGCAAUGACCUGA